AUGUCGCACCCAACUCAAGGACAUUCCACCAGCCAGUCCAACUCUGCUCGCUCCACGCCGCAACCUCCAGCAAACCUUCCGGCCAGGCCUCCGCCGUCCGCCGUAUCUCAGCCCGCACGAAAUGUUGCCGCCUUCAGUGGUUUCAAGCCGCGCAAUGUUGCCGCGCCUGUCUCUGCUGCCCCAGCACCAUACGCUGCAACAAACAUGAGCUAUCCUGCUCAGUACUCGGCAGCUCCAGCUUCACAGUCAUACUACCCUCCUACAUACUCUUCGGCACCAGCAGCACCUGCCGCUCAAUCAUACUACGCCGGCGCGUCCUACCCUGGCGCUGCUGCUUAUCCUGCGCAACCGCAAUACGCCGACACCCCACCUCAGAUCAAGAACCCCUUCGCACCUCCUCCAGCAGCAGGCCAAGGCUCUCUCUAUGGUAAUGGCAGCUACGAUCCCGAGCUUGAGGCGCAGAUCCAGCAGUGGCAGAGCGCGUACACAAACAAAGACGAUCCUUCAAAGGCAGCAAACAAAGGUGCAACGGUAGGCAACGCAAACAACAUCCCACUCGGUGUCAACAGAGCUCAGCCCUCUACAUCCACUGUCUCUGCCGGGCCUGUGGCGCCUGUCGAUACAUCCGGCAAGCAGAAGACCGUGCUGCGCGAAGGAGGUGGGCAGAAGUGGGAAGAUCCUACCCUUCUCGAAUGGGGUGACCAUCCGCGUUUGUUCGUUGGUAACCUCGCAGGUGAGGUGACUGACGAGUCCUUGCUCAAAGCAUUUGCCAAAUAUCCAUCCGUCCAAAAGGCUCGUGUCAUCCGUGACAAGCGCACUACCAAGAGCAAGGGCUUUGGCUUUGUCAGUCUGGCCAACACCGAUGAGUUCUUCCAGGCCGCAAAAGAGAUGCAGGGCAAAUAUAUCGGCAGUCAUCCAGUUCUGAUCAAGCGCGCGGAGACCGAGAUCAAGACCGUCGUCAAGAAGGACAACAACAACAACAACAAGUACAAUAAGAAUAACAAGAACAAGAACAACAAAGACAAGGUCAAGGAAGAUAAGGGUCCACUCGGAGCGAACACCGGCGCUGGAAUCCAGAAAAAGCAGACCAAGGCCCCCGGCGGUGGUCAGUUCAAGCUGCUUGGAUAA